AUGAUAAAGAUUUGGUCAAUCAAGAAGGAUAAUUCGGCAGCAGAGAAAAAGAAACCUAAAGUUAGUGCCGCUCAAAUUCGCAUUCAAAAAGAAUUGGCACUUCCGGAAACUAUGCAAAUGAAUUUCCCGGACGAUUCAGAUCUUCUUAAUUUCAAUUUAACGAUAAAGCCUGAUGAAGGCGGCGUUUUUAGAUUUACUUUUAAUAUAAACAAUAAUUAUCCUCAUGAUCCACCAAAAGUCCAUUGUACUCAAAAGAUUUAUCAUCCUAAUAUUGAUCUUGAUGGCAAUGUAUGUCUAAAUAUUCUUCGUGAAGAUUGGAAACCUGUUUUAAAUUUGAAUUCUGUAUUGGUUGGAUUGCAGUACCUAUUCUUGGAACCAAAUGCUGAUGAUCCUCUUAACAAAGAUGCUGCUGAAGAUUUGAGAAUGUUGAGUUAA